CUUCAACAGGAAACGAUGGAUGCUAAGGGACGUGACGCCAGAAGGAAUGUUCCAGUGCGCAAAUGUUUAUGGGAAAUGUAGUUCACUAUAUUAGAUCAGACUAGUUGUUUCACCAGAGGUUUGAAUUUGAAACAUCUAGCUAUAUUCAGUGUCUUUGGUUGGGCAAUAACUACAUUACAUAUUAGUAUCACUUGACAUAAGAUAUACUCGUGUCUCUUAUCAUGUUUGAGCGUGGGAACAUUUGUGGAACAUUUUUUUGCUGCACACUACAUACUAUUACCACGUCCGGUGUGCCUGGCCGCCAUAUUUGAUUCUGCAAAAAAUAUAAAUAUUAUGUUUGUUUAGCUGUGUAGAAGUUACGAAAGUGUAAUAAACACAUUCGGCGGCAUAAAUUAGAAGAGUUGCACUUUUAGCGAACGACUAGCUAAGUAGAUGUCACUGGUGGACCUGGGAAAGCGGCUGCUGGAGGCUGCACGGGCAGGGCUGGAUGAUGAUGUCAGGACCCUCAUGGUCAAUGGAGCUCCCUUCACCACUGAUUGGCUGGGGACUUCCCCGCUCCAUCUAGCUGCUCAGUAUGGACACCACUCCACGGCUGAGGUGCUUCUCCGAGCAGGCGUUAGCAGGGAUGCCCGAACCAAAGUGGACAGGACCCCCCUCCACAUGGCGGCCACAGAGGGCCACUCUAAUAUAGUGGAGCUGCUAGUCAGUAGCGGAGCGGACAUCAACGCUAAGGACAUGCUGAAGAUGACAGCCCUGCAUUGGGCGGCCCAGCACGGUCACAGAGAGGUGGCAGAGCUGCUGCUCAAAUAUGGAGCAGACGUCCACUCCCUCAGCAAGUUUGACAAGACGCCCUUUGACAUCGCCAUGGAUACCAGCAACACUGAGCUCAUGAUACUGUUACAGGAUGGUAUGCAGAACCAAGUGAACAUGAACCCCGAGCCCCAGUUCAUCAUCUCCUCUGCUGGGGUCGUGAACCUCUCUGACCUCGUCAACACCACCGCCAAGUCAGGUAUGGGCAACUGGAGCACAGGUUACAGAGAAUCUGUCUCUACCACCUCAGUCCUGGCAACACUGGCAGCCCUGGCAGAAGCCUCAGGUCCCAUGGGUAAAAAUGCAGGCAAAUCUGAGGAUGCAAUCGCUGCAGAUUCUGUGGAUUCGGCCAUUCAGCAUGUAGUGGGCGAUGGAGGUCAGAGGGUCAUCACCAUAGUGACGGACCAACACGGCAACUUGCAGCCAGCGGGACUUGGGCAGCAGUUUUUUGUCACUAUGCAGGGGCAGCAAAUGGUGGCAGUCCCGGCUGGUCAGAUCACAGAGGAGGUUGUGGAACAGGAGCCUUAUCCCUCUCCUGCACGCAAGAGGAGAAUAGAGCCUGCAGCCAUCCUAACCAGACCCAAAGACAAGAAAGCGAAGUCGGGGGACAGCAGUCGGGAGCAGCUCCAGAAGCAGUUGCAGGAGGCCAACCGGAAGGCCCAGGAGUACCGCACACAGCUCCUACAGAAGGAGCAGGAGGCUGAGCAGUACCGCCUCCGACUAGAGGAGGCCAUAGAGCAACAACAGAACAACAAUACCAGCAAUGCUACUGGUUCUACCUGCACAGGUGUCCAGGAGGCAGAAGAGGAGGUGGUCCAAAUGGAAAAACAACACGAGACCGAGGAGAGAGUUGUGGAGGAGGACAAAGUGGAAGGGGAGGAGGACGUCCCAUUUCCGGAAGACACCAUUCUGGUUAAAGUGGAGGAGGAGCUGGAUUCAGGGGAGGGAGAACAGAUAACAGUGGAUGAUACAGAGGAAACGGAGAAGGCUUCAACUAAGGUCACAACAACCCCCAAACGGGGAAGAGGGAGGGGACGAGGACGUGGAAGGAGGCGGUAGUCAAGCAUCCCUCUGUUCUCUCAUGAUAUGUCUUGUUUUAUGAUUUUAUAUUAAUAUUAACGGUCAUUACUUGUUUAUUUUAGAACGAUAACAUUGUAUUUAACUAGGUUUUGAGAUUAUUUUAUUUACUUGCAAUACAUUUGAUGAAGAAGCCAUUGGCGAGCACUUGUAAGCUAACGCAAACAUUUCUGUGAAUUUAUAGAAAGUAAGAAAAGGUAUGUUUGCAUAGGAGUGUAAAUACUGCAAUGUGGGUUUGAUUGCACUGUGCAUUCAUUCUCCUAAGAAUAAGGUUUGCAACACAUUCUAAUAUAGGAUAUUCAAUCCCCAGCAUUUCUGGUUCAUGUCUUCAGCGUCAUGUUUAAAAUAGAAUCAAGUUAGCUCAAGUGUAUAGUGCUAACUGAGAAUGCAUCUGAUUCUUCAGAAAAUGUUCUCUAAGGCUGGUUAAGUUCUAGUUACUUGCGUACCUGUAUGUGUGAGUGUUUGGGCAUCUGUGGGUGAGGUCGAGGUGUGGGAUAUCGGUGUUUCUUUGCUAGGUGGCCAGCUUUCUUAAAUCUGUCUUGAAUAUCCUAUUCUAGUACUAUUUUAGCUGCAGACCACUCAGACACUAAGAUACUGUAGGUUUUCCUUUUUUUUUCAAGUAGUGUUAGAUUUUAGAGUUAAUGUGUAAGUCACUGUUAUUCUUAUUCUCUUAUUUUUGUUCCUUUUGUCAUUUUAAAGCAUUACACUCUGUAUAGACCAGCAUCUGUCAAUAGACAUUGAUCUGUCAUCGCAACUCAGUUUAAACUAAUACUCUCAGAAAAAUAUUGUUUACAUAUGCUCUCUUUAUAUGGCUGGUUAAUUUGACACUAAGUGUUUCUUUAUGAACAUUAUAAAAGCACAAUCGGGGUUUAUCUUCCAGUUGGUUAGUAGAAAAAAAAAUACAAUUUUGCUACAAAAUAAUGUUAGUGAGAAAAUAUGGGAAAUUGUUUUCUAUGUUGAAUGUAUUCUUAAAUGUAUUUUUAGAAUUCAAUAAAUAAGCAUUUAUUGUUAUUCUAUCCA